GGCUCGGGUCAGCCUUUGUCAGAUUGCAUUAGCUUCUGAAACGCCAAAGCCGAUUCUACUGUUUUCGAAAAGACAGUUGCAAGCUCUCGUGGUACGCCUCGGGGAUUGCUAGCGCAACACUAUUGGAGAGACGUCCUAGUCUUUCCAGUAUGCCCGACAGCGGGAACGGCGCCAUGUCAGACCCAGAGGAUUCUCGCGAGCAAGAUCGCUUCUUGCCCGUCGCGAAUGUAGCUAGACUAAUGAAACGUGCGCUUCCCGACAACAGCAAAAUAGCCAAAGAAGCAAAGGACUGCAUUAUGGAGUGUGUGAGCGAGUUUAUUUCGUUCAUCACGUCAGAAGCAACUGAUCGAUGCAUCAGCGAAAAGCGAAAGACAAUCAACGGAGAAGACAUUCUCUGGGCAAUGCAGUCGCUUGGAUUUGACAACUAUUGCGAAACGAUGAAAGUGUAUUUACACCGAUAUCGAGAGUCAAUCAAAUUGGACCGGGCAGCAUCCCUCCCGCCCAGCAAAGCGGACAGUGCGGUUCAUGGCGAGACAGGGGCAGCCGGACAUAUGGAUGAUCAGGCGACAGCAGCGGCGAAUCAGGCGGCGAUCCAGCAGAUGGCAUAUGCGAUCGCCUACCACCAGCAACAACAGAUUUUUCAACAACAACAACAUCACCACGCACCACCCAGUGGAACAGAACAUGUACAGCAACAACAGCAACAAGGACAAUUACAAACACAGCCGCAAAUCGCACUGACCCCUCAGCAACUGAAUGCACUCGCCGCGCAUUUUGCAACGAACCAGCGAUAGAGGGACUUUUUGAAUUCGCUUAUAAUUCUAUAGUAGACCGUUGGCCUGCGUCUUCCAAGUAUAGCUAUCUUAGCGAUCUCCAUAUGUAUAGUUGAAGUCAUCCGUAUGUAUUAUGGCAGUUUAACCAAAGAGAAGGCCGUAUAGCCGACAGAGUCUUAAUUGGGGCGAGGUGGUUGGUCG